AUGUCGCAGAAGGAAAUGCCAGAAAACAUGGCAUCAGGUCAGGAACCGAAUCUGGCGCGCCGUUCCAAAGGUGAGGCCGAAGACAAAAAUCGUGGGAGACGUCGGAGUAGAGCGAGCAUAAAAGAUGAAGAUAUAUCACCCGUUGAUGGACCAGAGGGGCAAUCGUCUGGGACCGAGGGUGGUCCCCGGAAGCGAAGAAGAAGUCGAAAAGGGUUGGACAAAAAGUUCGAAUGCCCGGAGAGUGGAUGUGGUAAGAGCUAUUCAAGAGCCGAACAUCUCUACCGUCACCAGCUUAACCAUCAACCUAAACAAAUCUUCAACUGUGAUUUUCCAGAUUGUGUAAGAACAUUUGUCAGACAAGAUUUAUGUAACAGACAUCGAGACCGUCACACAGCCAAAGGUUCUCAGCUCCAUCGAAAGGACUCGAUGCUUGGUCACAAUCACUCGCCAAUUACUGAAAAUGGCAGACCGACUUCAAUGCAUGGCUCUUCCUCUCCCGAGGUGAUGAGACCAAACAUGAUCAAGGGACGAACUGGUCAGCUCCAGUAUCGAUCACCAACAGAGAUGACACCCAAUUACUCUCCAAUCACAAAUUCUUCUGGCACAUAUUCCGGUGCCGCCUCAACUAAUGGCGGAGAAAAUUAUGGUCCUAAUGGCAAUGCUUUCAAGCGCUCCAACAGCGACAGUCUACCACCAAGAGAUCAAGCUCCAUCUAAUUCCAUUCCUGGCAGAACAACCCAAAGACAUUCAAGCUUUGGCGUUUCUGAUGCCAAGCCUGCUGACUUUCAACGCCCUUCACUUCAGACCGGCGGAUCAUAUGGCUUGGUCAACUCAGGUCCAGUCAACCAAGGCUAUCACUCCACGCACGCAAGUCCUCAGACAUAUGUAAGCCAACAAAGCUUUCCUCCCUUCAGUCUACCACCACCUGGAUUUGGGAACAAUGCAACCACAGCGUCAGCCGGAAGAGACUCCGAACCUUCUUACCCAACUUCACUGCCUGCAGAUUAUCCAAAUGAAGCCAUGCACCAUCAGCAAUCGGGGCCGGAAAUGAUGAUGCUGGAUCAGAUGACUGCACCUAACACCAUGCCCGUCUUCGGGGGUGAAGGGUAUAGUCGUUCUCCAUUUGCCAUUCCAGAAGACUUUGUUGCAUACUUGUUCAACAAUCAACAACUUGAUGCUUCCUCACCGAUGGGACAAAUGAACCCACAAGGCUACGCAGCUUAUCCUGAUGCUCAAGCUCAGUAUUAUCCAUAUUUUGCCAAUGAUGUCAACCUCCCAGGUUACUACCCUCCUAAUACUCAACCACAUCAUCCAAUGGCUGUCACUAGUCUUCUUGAUACCAGCCUUCCAGAAACCGUUCUCUCGGAAGAUAAGAGUCAACAGAUUAUCGACCUCAUCAAAGAGAGGUUCAAUGAAGGAGACCAUACGCCAGUGGCUAAGCAGAAAGAACAUCUGCUCGAAGGUGAUCGCAAUGACGAUAGCCAUAUGAUGAGCCGUAAGAUGAUGCAAACAUAUAUUGGCAGUUACUGGUAUCAUUUCAGUGACCAAGUUCCAAUCUUACACAAACCUACGUUUUCACCGGACAAGACUCCUAAUCUUCUCUUGAUUGCUAUGAUGGCAAUUGGUGCUUCUUGCUUGGACAAGAUGCAUGGCUACGAAGUCACACAAGCUGGUGCCGAGUUGUCAAAUUUCUUGGCGUGGCAUUUGCGAUGGGAGAUUUUCAGCGAUUAUCACUUCCGACCGCCAGCCAAGUUAUGGGUAUUCCAGGCCCUUCUCCUAUUGGAAUUGUAUGAGAAGAUGUACUCCACCAGAGCUCUACACGAAAGAGCUCAUAUACAUCAUGCCACCACCAUCACUCUCAUGCGACGUGGUAGCUCGCUCAUCGGUCGAUCCGCUCUAGAUUCGCCGCCAAGUGUCAGAGAUGACAAGCAAGGGUUGAAUGGAUCUCGACACUCGUCGACUUCCGGAUCUAAUACACCUGAUGAAUGGUGGAAUCAUUGGAUAACCAACGAAGCGACACGUCGCGCUGCAUUUGCUGCAUUUGUAAUCGAUUCAACACACGCUACGAUGUUCGGACAUUCAACUGUCAUGGUAGCACAUGAAAUGCGACUACCUCUACCCUGCGAUGAAGCUUUAUGGAACGCUACUAAUAGUGCAGAAGUUGGACGGAUCGAGGCUAGCUUACAGUCAAAUGGCGUGAAACCCAUUUCGUUCUUGGAAGGACUGAAACGGACAUUAAACGCUAUGGAAGUUCGAACAAACUCGUUCGGGCGGACAAUUCUAAUGGCAGGACUCCUAAGUGUAAGCUGGCAUAUGAAUCAGCGAGACCUUCAGGUUAACUCGCUCGGAGUCUCGCAAGCUCUUGGAGGCCGAGACAAAUGGAGAGGCUCGCUUACUCGUGCGUUCGAUUCAUGGAGAGAUGAUUUUGAUAAGUCGAUGAAGCGUGUUAGUGACAAUGCUCCCGGACCAUACGGAUAUCAAGAGAAGCAAGAAGAGAGCUUGGUAUUCCAGGGAAGAACAGCUCUUCACCACUUAGCCCACAUGGCCAUGCACGUCGACAUAGUCGACUGCCAAAUCUUCGCACGAGCAAAAAGACUCCUCGGCCGCACCAUCGGCUCCCAAGAUCUCAACAGCGCCCAACGCCGCAUGAAAGACCACUGGGCCCCCAGCGCCAAAGCCCGCGACGCAACCUGGUACGCCCUCAAAUUCCUUCAACAAGUCCUCCUCCCCGAAAAAUCCAACCCCGACGCCGCCACCACCUACGACGACCCCAAAUUCCCCGUCUACGACGACCCGAAAUUCGAAUACUCGGCCCGCGACGACCCCCUCCUCAACCGCCCCUGGGUCCUCUACUUCGCCGCCCUCAUCGUCUGGUCCUACGGCUACGCGCUCGAAGGGCCAUCUACCGCGCCCAUCCCCGCGACGACGGAUUUCGAGGGCCAGGUCCGUGAUAUGCGGUCCUACCUCCGCGCCCUGGGCUCGUUCCGCUCCCCGGAGGAUCUGAAGAAUAAGAGUGGCUUUAAUGGGUGUGGCGGGCUGCUUAUGGUGCUUAGGACGACGUUUGAGAAGACGCGGUGGGAGUUGCUGCAUGAGGCGGCGUUGUUGCUGGGGAAUUGUAUUAGUCUUGUUGGGGGGCAGGUGCAGGGGUGA